AUGUUACAGAUCAGUAUAGUGCAGAAGCACAUCUGUUUUGGGAUGAAGUGCGAGCAGAUGCGGCAGCAGGCUCACAUUCAGGUGGUCAGUAAGAACCUGUACAGCCAGGACACGUCUCACACACCGCUGCCCUACGGAGUGCUGGACCCACCGCAUGGGACGAGUGAGAAGGACCGUGGCUGUGAGACGUGUGGGAAGAACCUGGCAGAUUGUUUGGGUCAUUACGGUUAUGUGGAUUUGGAGCUGCCCUGCUUCCACAUCGGCUACUUUAAAGCCAUCAUCGGCAUCCUGCAGAUGAUCUGUAAGACGUGUUCUCGGAUCAUGCUGAGUAAAGAGGAGAGGCAGCAGUUGGAUUAUCUGCGGCGUCCCGGGUUGCCGUACCUGCAGAAACGCGGCCUGAAGAAGAAAAUCUCAGACAAGUGCAGGAAGAGGAACGUGUGUCUUUACUGCGGAGCCUUCAACGGUGUGCCCGGUGAAGAAUGUGGUCUGUUGAAGAUCAUCCAUGAGAAGUAUAAAAGCAGUAAGAAGGUGGUAGCCAUUGUGUCUGAUUUCCUGCAGUCCUUCGACACGGCCAUCGAACACAACAAGAGGUGGAGGGGACUGCUCACCAGAGCUCAGGAAAACCUGAAUCCUCUGGUGGUGCUGAAUCUUUUCCGGAGAAUUCCCGGUGAGGACGUUCCUCUGCUUCUGAUGAAUCCGGAGGCGGGGAAACCCUCUGACCUCAUCCUGACCCGCCUCCUGGUCCCGCCCCUCUGUAUCCGCCCCUCUGUCGUCAGUGACCUCAAAUCGGGUACUAACGAGGACGACCUCACCAUGAAGCUGACCGAGAUCAUCUUCCUCAACGACGUCAUCAAGAAGCACCGCAUGUCAGGAGCUAAAACUCAGAUGAUCAUGGAGGACUGGGACUUCCUGCAGCUGCAGUGUGCUCUCUACAUCAACAGCGAACUGUCAGGAAUCCCGCUCAACAUGGCACCCAAGAAGUGGACUAGAGGAUUUGUCCAGAGGCUGAAGGGCAAACAGGGACGUUUCCGUGGUAACCUGAGUGGAAAGAGAGUGGAUUUUUCCGGAAGAACAGUCAUCUCUCCCGACCCGAACCUGAGGAUCGACGAGGUCGCUGUUCCUGUCCACGUCGCCAAAAUCCUCACUUACCCAGAGAAGGUGACCAAAGCCAACAUGGAGCUGAUGAGGAAGCUGGUGAAGAACGGACCAGACGUUCAUCCUGGAGCGAACUUCAUCCAGCAGAGACACAUGCAGAUGAAGAGGUUCCUGAAGUACGGGAACAGAGAGAAGAUGGCUCAGGAGCUGAAGCUGGGGGACGUGGUGGAGAGACACAUGAUCGAUGGAGACAUCGUCCUGUUUAACCGCCAGCCGUCACUACACAAACUCAGCAUCAUGGCACACAUCGCGCGUGUGAAACCCCACCGGACCUUCCGCUUUAACGAGUGUGUGUGUACGCCUUAUAACGCCGACUUUGAUGGAGACGAGAUGAACCUUCACCUGCCGCAGACUGAGGAGGCCAAAGCUGAGGCUCUCGUACUCAUGGGGACGAAAGCUAACCUGGUCACCCCAAGGAAUGGUGAACCUCUGAUCGCUGCUAUUCAGGACUUUCUCACAGGUGGUUAUCUUCUCACUCUGAAGGACACGUUCUUCGAUCGAGCUAAAGCCUGUCAGAUCAUCGCCUCCAUCCUGGUGGGCAAAGACGAGAAGCUCAAAAUCGCCCUCCCUCACCCUGCUAUUAUAAAGCCCGUGUGUUUGUGGACAGGGAAGCAGAUCUUUAGUUUAAUCCUGAAGCCCAGUAAGAUCUGCCCGGUGAAGGCGAACCUGAGAACCAAAGGCAAACAGUACUGCGGCCGAGGAGAGGACCUGUGUCACAACGACUCCUUCGUGGUGAUCCAGAACAGUGAGUUACUGAGUGGCAGUAUGGAUAAAGGCACGCUGGGUUCAGGGUCAAAGAACAAUAUCUUCUACAUCCUGCUGAGAGACUGGGGUCAGGUGGAGGCAGCUGACGCCAUGAGCCGCCUCGCCCGAGUCGCACCCACAUACCUCUCUAACCGUGGGUUCUCCAUCGGGAUCGGGGACGUGACCCCUGGUCAGGGUCUGCUGAAGGCCAAACAGGAACUGCUCGAUGCCGGGUACAAGAAGUGUGACGAGUACAUCGAGGCCCUGAAUACAGGAAAACUACAGCAACAGCCGGGUUGUACAGCUGAGGAGACGCUGGAGGCGCUGAUCCUUAAAGAGUUGUCAGUAAUUAGAGAUCACGCUGGCAGUGCGUGUCUGAGAGAGCUGGACAAGAGCAACAGUCCACUCAUCAUGGCUCUGUGUGGCUCGAAAGGCUCCUUUAUUAACAUCUCUCAGAUGAUAGCGUGUGUGGGUCAGCAGGCCAUCAGUGGCUCUCGAGUUCCCGAUGGAUUUGAGAAUCGAUCGCUGCCGCACUUUGAGAAACACUCAAAACUUCCCGCAGCUAAAGGCUUUGUGGCAGACAGUUUUUACUCGGGUUUGACCCCCACUGAGUUUUUUUUCCACACUAUGGCUGGCCGUGAGGGGUUAGUGGACACGGCGGUGAAAACAGCAGAGACCGGCUACAUGCAGAGGCGUUUGGUGAAGUCUCUGGAGGAUCUGUGCUCUCAGUAUGACCUCACCGUGCGCAGCUCCACCGGUGACAUCAUCCAGUUCAUCUACGGAGGAGACGGACUCGACCCCGCUGCCAUGGAGGGCAAAGACGAACCGCUCGAGUUCAAGAGAGUGCUGGAUAACAUCCGGGCGGUCUACACCUGUGCUGAUGAACCUGCUCUGAGUAAAAACGAGCUGGUGCUGACCGCUGACUCCAUCAUGAAGAGGAACGACUUCACCUGCUGCAGAGACACCUUCUUACAGACAAUGACUGGUACUGGUGCUCAGAGGUUUACAGAGGAAAUUAAAAAAUUUAUCAACAGCGUGGCAGAGAAAAUCAAGAAGACCCGAGACAAGUACGGCAUAAACGAUAAUGGAUCCACAGAGCCUAAAGUUUUGUACCAGCUGGACAGAAUCACGCCCACACAGCUGGAGAAGUUUCUGGAAACAUGCAGGGACAAGUACAUGAGAGCUCAGAUGGAGCCGGGCUCGGCCGUGGGCGCUCUGUGUGCUCAGAGUAUCGGAGAGCCUGGAACCCAGAUGACCCUGAAGACGUUCCACUUUGCGGGUGUGGCGUCGAUGAACAUCACGCUGGGGGUACCCCGCAUCAAAGAAAUCAUCAACGCCUCCAAGAACAUCAGCACACCGAUCAUCACUGCACACCUGGACACGGAGGACGACGCAGACUUCGCCCGGCUGGUGAAGGGCAGGAUUGAGAAGACGCUCCUGGGAGAGAUCUCAGAGUACAUAGAGGAGGUGUUUCUGCCUGAUGACUGCUUCAUCCUGGUGAAACUCUCACUCGAGAGGAUCCGUCUUCUCAGACUGGAGGUGAACGCAGAGACAGUCAGGUACUCUAUCUGUAUGAGUAAGCUGCGUGUGAAGCCGGGUGAUAUAGCGGUUCACGGUGAGGCGGUGGUGUGUGUGUCUCCUCGAGAGAACAGCAAGAGCUCCAUGUACUACGUCCUGCAGUCACUCAAACAGGAGCUGCCCAAGGUUGUUGUACAGGGCAUUCCCGAGGUUUCGCGCGCUGUGAUCCACAUUGAUGAACAAAGCGGCCGUCAGAAGUUCAAGUUGCUGGUGGAGGGAGACAACCUGCGCGCUGUCAUGGCAACACACGGUGUCAACGGCAACCGCACCACGUCCAACAACACAUACGAGGUGGAGAAGACGCUGGGCAUCGAGGCCGCGAGGACGACCAUCAUUAAUGAGAUCCAGUACACCAUGGUGAAUCACGGCAUGAGCAUCGACCGGCGUCACGUCAUGCUGCUCGCUGAUCUCAUGUCCUACAAGGGGGAGAUUCUGGGCAUCACUCGCUUCGGCUUGGCCAAGAUGAAGGAGAGCGUCCUGAUGCUGGCGUCGUUCGAGAAGACCGCUGAUCAUCUGUUCGACGCUGCGUAUUUCGGACAGAAAGAUUCUGUGUGUGGUGUGUCUGAGUGUAUAAUAAUGGGAAUCCCCAUGAACAUUGGCACUGGUCUGUUUAAACUCUUACACAGAGCAGACAAAGAACCCAAUCCUCCACAGAGAACCCUGCUGUUUGACACAGCUGACUUCCAUAUACCACUGGCCUCCUAGCACACACACACACACACACACACACACACACACACACACACACACACACACACACACACACACACACACACACUGUUAAACAGUUGGUAAUGUCAUGGGAAUGACACAUUUGGCACACAUCCAUACAUACUUAUAUAUAGACACAUAAUUAUAAUACUAACUAUAUAUUGAGAUUAUAUAGAUUUACAUUAAGUGUGUGUGUGUAUACACACACACCCAGACACACACACACACACAUUUUAUAUAUAUAUAUAUAUAUAUAUAUAUAUAUAUAUAUACAGUUCUGUGCAAAAGUCUUAGGCACAUGCAAAGAAAUGCUGUAGAGUAAAGACGCCUUCAACAAUAAUGAAACUAAAUGUUACUAAAUUCUACAUUUAAAAAACCCUAUAAAGAGCAGUAAACUGUAAUAAAUGAAACAAAGUCAGUAUUUAAUGUGACGAUCCUUCACUUUAAAUAAAUAAAGCAGUAUCUGAGGUGCAGUGUGUGCAGUUUUAUAAGGAAAUGAGCUGGAAGUGUUACUGAGCAUCUUGCAGAAGCAGCCACAGUUCUUCUGGAGACUUUGACUGUCGACUCGCUUCUUAUUUCUGCAGCGAAACCCAGCAGCCUUCAUUAUGUUUUUAUCUGAAAAGUGUCUCUUAUGGAAUCUGCUGCUUUCUUUACUGACACACAAACAUUUUACUGUAACGUUUCAUUUUGUGCUGGAAAACUAAUGUUUGGAAUCUAAAAUGAUUUUGUACUGAAUCAAUAAUGUAGAAGUCAGAAAAUAAACAUCUAUAACAAAGUUUGUAGUAAAGAAAAGAAAAAAAGAUGGGGGGGGGCAUGAUUUUUGCACA